AGAGCGCAAGAGAGGACCAAAGUUACGGAUUAAGCGCUUCUCCUUCGAGAAGAAAAAGCGACAUAGCGGUCCUCCGUUUAAUUUGAUUUUACUUUUAUAAAGAUUAUCAACAGUCUACACUUUCUCUGGACUGCACAUUUUGGCAAAAACUUUUUUUUUAAUUCAUUUUGAGUCUGAAGGCAUUUGCCUUAUGGCCCCUUUCAAGGAAUAAGAAACACAACGGGAGAAAAAAAAAAAAAACCUUCACUGAGAGUUCUGUGAUUGCAAGUUUGGGUUUUAGGACUUUUUCUCCUUUGCGGUUGGAACAGCUGUCGCUGGUCAGUUUUGCAAAGAUUCUCGAUGGCGUAGGUAGUUGCGAGAUUUUUUAAAACACCUUUACGAGGAUUUAAUAGUCUUAUUAAAAGAGAUGCGCCUUUGUUUUUUGUGCAUAAAAGAAACUGGAGUGCGUAAAGUAUAGUGAAACCCGAUCGUCGUAACUUUUGGAUGAGAGUAAUGCGGAAUAAAUACGGCGUCUAGAAGGAUGUUGCUGCUUGUACAAUGGAAGUAAAGCACUCUUUUACUUUUCUUGCGGUGCUUUGUCUUUUCUUCUGCUCCGGCUUCAGCCAAGAACUCAACCCCAAAGGCAGGAAUGUGUGCAAAGUACCCGGAUCAUCAACAUCAGUCUGCUGCAGUGGAUGGGGGCAGCUAGGAAAUGAAUGCCUGACACCCCUCUGUGACGGGAACUUCACCUGCAAGGAGAACGAGGUGUGUGUCAGGCCAAAUGAAUGUCGUUGUCGUCACGGAUACUUUGGUGCUAGCUGUAACACCAAGUGCCCUGCUGAGUACUGGGGACCUGACUGCAAGGGGGAGUGUAACUGUUACCCCAAUGGCCAGUGCGAUGACCUGACCGGCAAGUGUACCUGCAACCACAAUCGUUGGGGACCUAAAUGCGAGAAUGCGUGUCUGUGCCAAAAGGGCAAGUGUGACCAAGACACGGGAAAAUGCACGUGCUAUCCUGGCUUCUGGGGUCCUCAGUGCAACAACAACUGCUACUGCAGCAUCAAUUCUGUCUGUGAUGUGGUGACGGGGCGAUGUUUGUGCAACCCUGGCUGGACUGGGAGGAACUGUGCACUUCAGUGUAACUGUAACAAUUCACCGUGCGACCAGUUUACGGGACGCUGCCAGUGCAGGGAGAGGCUGUGGGGCCAACGGUGUGAACGAAACUGCCAGUGCCACUAUGGCAAGUGCAACCAGGCUGAUGGUUCAUGUACCUGUCUGCCUGGGUACCGUGGGAAGUUCUGCAGGGAGCCAUGUCCUGCUGGGUUCUAUGGUCAAAACUGCAGAAACAGGUGUGGGCACUGCAAAGGCCAGCAGCCCUGUAAGGUGACUGGGGGCAGCUGUAUCACAUGUGACAGAGGAUGGAAUGGGACUCGGUGCGAUCAGCUCUGCUCCAAGGGCUUCUUUGGUGAAAACUGCCACGAAGUGUGCCCUACGUGUAAAGAUGGUCACCACUGUGACCCCAUUCAUGGCAAGUGUUCUCACUGCAACCCUGGCUGGAUUGGGGACAGGUGUGAGGUGCGCUGCCCCAACGGCACGUAUGGUGAGAACUGUGAAAACAACUGCAGCCAUUGUUUUAAUGGCAUCUGUCAUGUUGUUACCGGAGAGUGCCUGUGUGACCCCGGGUUUUAUGGCACAUACUGCAAUAUGACCUGUCAGCCCGGCCAGUACGGGAUCAACUGCAACCAGAUCUGCUCCUGCCAUGACAAGAACUGUGAUCCUGUGUCUGGUGCCUGCUAUCUCCAGCCCAACCAGCGGAUGGGUGUGAUUGCAGCCGGGAGCUUGGUCUCCUUUUUACUGAUUGUUCUGCUCUCGCUGCUGUGCUGCUGCUGCCUCUGUCGACACAAAGACAACCACAACAAAAAAGCCAAACGGAUCCUGUGUGGACGAUUCAGCAGAAUCAGCACUAAACUUCCCCGUAUUCCACUGAGGCGACAGAAACUGCCCAAAGUAGUCGUAGCACACCACGACCCGGAGAACACCUUCAACUGUAGCUUCAUUGAACCCCCCUCUGUGGCCGAGCAGCACUCCCCCUCCUCCUGGUCAUUCCAGGGGUCCUUCUCUUCUUUUGAGAGUGGAGACGAGGGGCCAGUUUACUGCGUUCCACAUGAAGAGUCUAUGAAUGACAAGCGCAGCCCCAGCCCAGCAGCAGAGAAGUCAGAAUCUGUCCCUGAUGAAGAUGACGCAGGUGAAUACACCUCCCUGAAAGACACAAAUGUGACCAAAACAGAAGGCGGUGAGCCCCAGUAUGCCUUUGUCGCCCGCCUCUCCAAGCAGUCCAAGGAGGAUGAGAGCAGUGGCAAGGAUAGAGAUGGCACUCCUAUACUAGAGGCCAAGCGCAAUGGAAAGCCGCCGCCUUCACCUGGGAAGCCCAAACCACGGCCACCAGACCCAUCCACUAAACCCAAGGUGUCGUGGAUACACGGGAACACCACAGGGUCUCCCCAGCUAGAGCAGCAGGGGGGAAUUAAGGCACUUGCAGUGUCAAAGGAGAAAAAGAGGAGUUCAAGUGAUGGCUCGUCCAAGAGUGAAGAGUGGCAGAAAAUUAAAGAAAAGAAUCAUGACCAACAGAAAGUACAGGAGGGGAAGGAGGCAGAUGCCAGCGGCUCCCCUAGCAAACACAAACCUCAGCGAGGUAAAAAGUCUGGGGAUGACCACAGCAGUCCCAGUCACAUGGAGCACAUCAAUGGGGUUGUUCAGAAUGCUCUCAAGAAGAUAAGUAAUUUUCACAGCUCCUCACCUGAAAAGAAAAGUGCUGACAGUUCAAAGCAGACCCCUAAGGAGCCACCCAAGAGCCCAAAGGUCAUCCACCCUCAUAUGAACUCGGAGGCUGCUACGCUGCUGGCCGCUCAGCUCAAGGAAAAAACCCAAAGCAUCAACAGAAAUGAGGGAACAGGACUGACAAAGACCAACGGUCUCUCCACACCCAGGGUAAAUCGGGAGAAGCCCACACCUCCACAGAAAGCCAAGAGAACCGGCUCCACUGGACUGAGCCAGCAAGGCUCUACCAAACCCCAGCUGCCCACCUCGAGUAGCCUCCAGAAGAUGGUGGCACCUGUAACAACCACCCUUGGGACCUCUGAAGCCAAGAACCCGGAAAAGCAGGACUUGAACGGCUCCAGGACAGGGGACCCACUGGAUCCUAUGCCAAAGAAGACUCCCAUAAAAAAGCCACCCAGGAAGAAAGGCAAGGAAGGUACUUUGGAUACAUCUGAAAGUAAAAUGCCACAGCAAAAAACAGCUAUCAUGCCACCUCAGGUGGUAAAAUAAGUGUUUUGAACUACAAAUUGCACAAAGUUUGUGAUGGAUUUUCUAAAAUUAAUUUGUUGGAAGUUCAACCACCACGUAGUUUUUCAGUCAAGGAAUUGUAAUUUUUUUUCUGUGUGAGUUUGCGGCGACUCCAGGACCAGUCAAGAGUAAGAAGUGCUUUUAAAUCAAGAGGAACAGUUGAGUCAUAUUGGUAAGGUGCAUUAUAAGAACCUAUAUACAUCAUUGUAUUACAUUUCAAGAGUCCUUUUUUUAAAUAACAAGUAUAUAUAUAUAUAUAUAUCAACCUCACACCACAACCUGUGCCUAAGCUGGACACAACUGUAAGAGCAGUGGUGCAAAGACAUAAUCCAAAUUCAUUCUUUUCUUGUCCUCUGCAGUAUGUCCACCACUAUAGUAUGCUUAUAUGCUUAGACAUCCAUAAGGCUUCUUCUUCUUCCAGUUCUACCACUGAAUUUUAUGGUAACCCUUACACUGUAUCAUAAAAAGUUUGGAAAUAGCACAGUCUGUAAAAAGGGACAGAGGACUGUCCCCAGUCAAAGUUUCAUCUCAGUGAAUAAACACUUUAGCACCAGCUAUAGAACCGCAUCUUAGAAGAAAAAAGAGGUAUAGUUGGAUUUCCUGGAUCAGGUAGUGUUCAAGUGUUCAAGUCGUGACACCAAUGAUCUUUUUGGCUAAGCAGUGAAUGAGUUAUUACACACAUUUUUGAUUUGUUAUGCUUUGAUUUAUUAAAACCAAAAGAGUUCCAUGAAUUUCAGACCCCAUUUAGAGAAACUGCACCUGACCACCAUAUUAGACUUUAUCUAAAUGUCUAUUGUUUCCAAUCUUCACCACAGUGGAGAGAGAUAAUAUAAAACCAAGCCUCACAAACGUCCUGAGAUUGUUCUGUCUGCUCGUUGUGGUCAUCAGAAUUGUAGGUGUGUCCAAAUUCAAGGACUGCACCCUUCCAAGGAAGCAGCCU